AUCCUGUCGAAGAUGCAGCCGACCAUGAUCACGACUCACACGGACAAGUACGAGGUGGACGUCAAGGUAGACGUGUCUCUGAACAACAUCACAGUUCCUAGCGAUCACUCCUUAACGGCGAUCCCCUUGGAGAAAAGUCAGUCGGAUAGCAAGUUGAAUAAGGCCGACGUGGCCAGCACUUCUUUCACGGAGAAAAGCCCCAGCACGAGAAGGAGAGCCAAUUCGGGUGGCGCUGCCAAAAGGAGCGAGAAAAAGUCAAAAAAGAAAAGCAGCAAGAGCACACCCAAGUUAAGCGACAGCUACACCAUACAAGCUGACGGCAGUAACAUUUCGGUUGUGGUGAGCGAGGACUCGAAAACUCUACCCAGGAACAAGAGCAUGGACGACAUCAAAGCGAGCUGCAUCGAGACCGACGGAUUGAGCCCCACGUCCAAGAGUCAGCUGUCCACGUUGAAACUCUUCGCGAACGCUAGUCCAAACGGAUCGACCGGAUCCUUGUGCAAAGGACCAUCCCCGGCCUUUCAGGCGCAGCACUCCAUGUUGGAGAAAUGCCUCCGUCAGUAUGAGAUCUUUUACGUGAAGUUGAUCAGCCAGCGUAUACUCAGCAGGGAAAGAACAGUGCAGGACAUGUUCGACCAUCUGGUGGUGUCCUGCCCGCGUAAGAGCUUCGACGAGAGGAUGCGCUACCUGGAGCACCUGUUGAACUCCAAGCUCAACAUAGAGGACUCCGGAUUCUUCAGCCAAGACACAUCCGUGACCGAGGGCACCAAGUGCCUGGAUAUUUUUCACCUGUCCCUCGACAUCACGGCG